CGGAAGAGCGGCGCUGAGGCGAAGUAAGCGGCGGCCCAAGCGCGGCUGCCGGCGAUGAAGCCUCUCCGAUCGCCCGGGGCGGUGUGGGGCCUGGCCUUGGUGCUAUGGCAGCUGGGCCCGGCGGCGCGGGCGAUGGACCCGGUCACCGUGGGCAUCGCGCUGGCCGGCACCGCCUCGGCCCUCACCGGCCUCAUCUCCCUCCCGAGGCUCUAUUGCUACUUUGCCGAAUGCUGCGUGGAAAGGCCCGUGGCGCAAGUCGGGAGAGAUCUUAAAGACAAUCUGGGGAAAAAAGUCUUCGGACAGCACCUGGUGUCCGAGGUGAUUGUGAAAGCCGUGACGGGGUUUUUGACGAACCCGAAUCCGAAGAAACCCCUGGCUCUCUCUCUGCACGGAUGGACGGGGACGGGCAAAAAUUUCGUCAGCAAGAUUGUGGCAGAAAGCCUUUACGACGAAGGGCUCAAGAGCAAAUACGUCCACCAGUUCGUGUCCACUCUACACUUCCCACAUCAGCAGAACAUCAGUCAGUACAAGGACCAAUUGCAAAUGUGGAUUCGUGGCAACGUGAGCGCCUGCGGAAGGUCGAUCUUUAUAUUUGACGAGAUGGAUAAAAUGCACGCUGGACUCAUCGACUCCAUCAAGCCUUUCUUGGAAUAUUAUGAAGAAAUAGACGGCAUCUCUUAUCGAAAAGCGAUUUUCAUUUUCCUCAGCAAUGCUGGAGCUGAAAAAAUAACCGAAGUGGCCCUCGAUAAUUGGAAGAGUGGAAAGAAGAGGGAAGACCUUCCUCUGCAUGUUUUGCAACAGUCAUUGUCAAAUUCUGUGUUUAAUAACAAAAAUAGUGGAUUUUGGCACAGCAGUCUGAUCGACCGAAAUGUCAUUGAUUACUUUAUUCCUUUCCUGCCUCUGGAAAUCAGCCACGUGAAAAUGUGCAUCAGGUCUGAACUGGAAUCGCGGGGCCACGCAGUCAACGAAGAUGUGGUCUCUCGGGUGGCCGAUGAGAUGACCUAUUUCCCCAAAGAGGAGCGGAUCUAUUCUGACAAAGGAUGCAAGACAGUUUACACAAAAUUAGAUUUCUAUUACGACGUCUAAAAUUGUUUUCCGCUUGCAACUUCAGAGAAGGGGGAAAGAAAUGAACCUGUUCAGAGGACUCAAAAGAAACCAAAUUGCUUCCCCCCCCCCUAAGAUUUUAACCUAUGUAAAUAGGACAAUUAAUUGAGAUUGGGGAAGAGUUGGGAUCUUGGAAGCCUAAAAUUGUGGCUCAUUCGUUAAGAGAACAGUUUCUCGGUCCAUCUGGUGAGAAAUUGUUUUUAAUCAUGACUCCGGUUUGGUCCACGUCACGAGCUCUUUAGGGAACACAUCUGUCUAUUUGGAAGUGAAAACGGUUCUAAUUAGAUAACGGUUGAUACAUAAAGUAUUCUGAUUUCUUCUAAGAAAUGAAGGAAUGUUUUUGAAUCCAUGCACUUUUUUUAAAAAAAAAUAAUAAUUACAAAUUAACAGUUUGAAUCUUUCCAGCAAUCUUGAGCUAAUGUAGUACACGUCAUUAGAAAUGAUUCUUUGGGUAUCCCUCGGUCUGCUUUUAAAAAGCCUUUAUUCUGUAUCGAGACCAGUGUUGGUGCUAAAAAAAAAGGAAGAAAAAAUUAUCUAGAAGUGAUCUAGUGCUGCCAGAAUUGUCAAGCAACAAAAUAUUUAACUCUAUUUCAGGGUAUUUUUUGUAACUUUGAAAUAAAACACAGCUGCCCAUUUUAACUACUGCCCAGGCUGAAUAGCAGACAUAUUCUAGGUAUUGUGAGAAUCAUCUGCAAUUCCUUGAAGCAAGAAUUUACAGAAACCAAUUCUGAAAGUGUUGCCUUCAUGCCAAGACACAGAAUUUCUGAGAAUAUAUUAAUGUUGGUGUCUCUGCGAUCACUAGCAAAAUGUUCUUUUCUUCCAGCCAUCCAAAUAAAAUGGCUUUGUGAAACA